AUGGCCCUCAAUCGUGAAACUACCGAGCGCAUUCAGGUUACUCGGCGGGGUGGAAAGAUCGCCCUUGAAGAGGCAGUCGGCAGCCCUGUCUUUGCUGCACAUCAGAACUAUCCGCCUCGACCAGCAAUCAAAGGGCUGGGUGGCCUGCCGUUCAAUCCUCAGUUCCUCGCCGAUGUUGAAGAGAGAUUAGACAAUGUUGAUCUUCGUCUUAAAUCAAUGGAUCAGUGUGGUAUCCAGUAUGCCAUUCUUAGUCUAACUUCACCUGGUAUUGAGGGUGUUAGUGAUGCUUCGACAGCUAUUCGUUUCGCCAGAGAGACAAAUGAUGACAUGUAUCAUAAAUACGUUAAGCCACACCCUUUGCGAUUCGGCUUCUUUGCAUGUGUGGCAAUGCAUGACCCCAAAGAAGCUGCUAAGGAGCUCGAGAGAGCUGUCACACAGUUAGGCGCAAGGGAGCCUUGA